AAAUCAAGCAAAUUCCCUUAUAUCUGAAAUUCUGUCAUUGGGAUGACAAAGUUUAAUUCACUUGUUAAAGUUUUUUCAUUUUUGAAAAAAAUUCCCUGCGAACAACGUACGCAUUUAUUAAUUUUGUUAACCACAAAAAUAGGAUAAUUUGAGAGUGAACCAAAUGCGCGGAAUUGUUUAUACUAAUUGAUUCUUUGAUAUAUGUACUGAGAUACAGCUCUGAUCUGUUUUCUUAUAAAUUAUGUAUUAAAUUACGAAUGCAUGUACUGAUUAUGUACUACUUCUGGUGCUCACUGAUAAUUAAUUACUUUAUAUAAGCGCUAUUUAACAAUGUCAGAUCAACAGCGCUUGAAGUGCUGAUCGAUGCCGAGUACAAUUAUCUUGUUGUAUCUAGCUUAUUUUAAAAUUCAGACGUUUCGAUUUGGUCAGUCAGAUCUUCUUCAGUGCAAAAAUCAAAUCCGACGGAUAGACACAACAAGAUAUAAUUCCCGGGGGAUAUAAUUGUACUUAUGAAUCCAAGCUGCAACAGCAUAUUUUUACGAAUGCAUGUAUUAAAAUUUCAGCUUUUGAUAUGUAACAGUCUACAUACUGUUUAGCAAAAUUCGAUGUUAUUAUAUUCAUUAUGUUUUUCCUUUUUUAGAAGAAAUCAUCCAAUACACCUUCUGGUGGAGGUCUCUUCGAAAAAGACCAAUGUCUUGUUUUUUUUGACAAUAAAAGUAGCAGGACAGUGGUGACAACAAAUUUUGUUGUAGAAGUAACUGACAAAUUCGAAUCUGAAAAGAUGAGGGGUUACAUAUUCCAACUGACGCUGGUAGACAGUGGGAACUCCAAGACUUGGAACUGUGCUCUGUCAAUGCAACAGCUGUGCAGCUCCCAAGUUAUUUUCAGUGCAUUGCAGCACACAUCGAAAAACUCUCUUUGGUACAAGGUUCCAAAGGAUGCCCCUGGUUCUGUGGACCUGGCAACUCACAUGUUUUCCCUCACAAGGAAAUACGAUAAAAAACAAGAGGAAAAUCCCACUAUUCCUAAACAGAUUGUCCAAAAGUUCCCGUCAUGGCAAGAUGGAAUUUUUGUAGUGGAUCAGGAGAUCCAAUUUGAUGUUGGAAACAAGGUGCUACUUGAACCUAGUCAAAGAGUGAUUUGCAUGGCAGAUCCAAAGAGUGCUCCGUCAAUCUCAUCCAAAAUGUUUAAAGAGCCAAGCAUUGAUGGGUUGGCUAAUCUGUUUGUUGCCAUUAAAAAUCUAAUGGCAAACAAUUACCCUCCUGCUUGCAUAGCUUUAGGUGGGGCAGUGAUGUCUCUUGGCUAUUUCAAGAUCCAUCAAAAGUAUGCAUCAUGUCCAGUUGUUCUUCUUACUGGGGACACUGAGACUGGGAAGUCAACAAUUCUACGUUGCUGUAUGUCACUGUUUGGUGAUAAAAACAUAAGAGAUUACACUAAAACCAAGGCCCUCCGCUUGGCAUCCCUUAACCACAUGCCAUUUGCCUGGGACGACCCAACUAAGGCAGAAGAUGUUGAAGGCGUUGUGCAAGGGCUAUUUAAUGGGGCUGGAAAACAAACCUGCCAUUCAGAUGACAUACCUACAAGACCACCCAUCAUUACUGCAAAUUUUGCUUGCAGUAAAGAUAAGAGGUAA